CAGAAAAGAGAAAGAAGAAGAAUGGAUGAAAUCAAACGGAUUAAAAUGUCUUUACAUCUGCUCCUGCUGCUGAUUCCGUUUACAGUGCUCGCUGUCCCAUCUUCCUACAUCUUCAUCAGAGCUGGAGCUGAAGUCACUUUGCCUUUUGACAAUGUGAGAGAUGAUCAUGUGAACUGUGGAGCUACUGAGUGGUUCUUCGUUGAUUCAGAGGGGAUUGGAGGAGGAAGACUGUUUGUAAACAGGCAGCUCAACACAUCUGUGAUUUCCAAAUCUAAAGCAGACAGACUACGUCUUGCUGCAAACUGUUCUCUGGUUAUUAGGGAGGUCACAGCUGAAGAUGCUGGUCAAUACGAAUGCAGACAGUCUAACCUGACAACACAAAGACAUGAAGAUCAUCUGUUUUUUAUCUCUGUUGUCAACGUGACUGAGCAGAAGAGAACUGAUGAGGUGACGUUGAGCUGCUCUGUGUCGACAUGUAGAGGCUGUUUCCUCACAGUGAAGUGGCUGUUUAUGAAUAUGGUUGUGACUGAAAACAACAAAGACCUGAAGAAAUCACAGUCUUACCACUUGGCCAAUGUGAGCUUCUCAAAAUCCCAUUUUGAUCACAAGAUGAAGAACUAUAGCUCAUUAACAUGUAAAGUGAAGCAUGGUGACAAAGAGGAAAAGUUUUCCUUCAUCCCUCCGUCAUCAGAAGGAGAGAACAAACCAGAUCCAGGAAACAAAGAGAUGACCACAGAUUGGUGGUGGUACAUUCGUCUGGUUGUGGGUUUUGCAUCAAUCGUAACAUUGGUUGUGAUUCUCAUCAGAUGCAGAAGAAACAAGAUCCAGGGUGGUGAUGUUGCAGUGGCCUUCAGCACUGUGGCAGCUCCCUCCUCUUCUACUGGAGCCUCAGCUGAUCCCAGCAGCCUCUGUGAGAACGUCACAAUCAUACAAUAGUAGAGUCUCAUUUGACUGGAAAACUUCCAUGACUUGGAAUCCAGAAAUGAUUAUCAAAUAAGUCUGAUUGUCUUUCUUGAUGAGCAGUUCUAUAGAAUAACACAUUUUUAUGCAUGUAUUCAUUUUUUCCUUUCCACGGACGGGAAACACAACUGGGUUAAUAAUUAUACCAGGCUAAGCAAAGACUGUUUAUUCGGUUCCUUGUAAUGUUUAUAAGUUUGAUUUGUGUUGCUGUGAUAUUGUGGUUACAAGUUAUUUGAAAGUUAAUGAUAGUUAUGCUCAUCAGUCUUUCCAUGCAUGCAUCUAGUAACUCUCUCUAAUUUGACACACACACAUAUCUCAGCACCCAUCUCUCCUCGACCCUCGCUACAUGUCGUAAACAUUCAGAGUGUCCGUUAUCUUCGGCUGGACAACCGCCAUUUUGGAAGCACGCUGACUAAUGGCUGUAAGGGAACUAGUUGGUCAACGUGAGAAACAAGAACUCCCAGUCAUGUCACUGUUUCUCCUGA